AGCGCCUUGUUUCUUCAACGCAUAGUAGUCUUCUUCACAUUAUGGAUUAGCAUAUGAGAUUUUGCAGAGAGUAUCGGAGAGUCUUAUUUCCGAAAGAUGUGGCAAUGGUAUUCCAUGACACCAUUACAAGUUGAAUCAGAUAUGGGGUUUUCUGAUUUGCAAGUCUAUGUAUUUGAUAUGCUCUUAGAUAAAAGAUUGUGAAUUUUCUUUUUUCCUUUUACUUUCUCUCAUCCUGGUUGACUAAGAUUAUUCAACUAAAGCUCAAUUGUGUCACUCAGUCUCUAGUAAUCUGCCUCUAGUUUACACAGAUACGAAAAUUUUGGUGUAAAAAAGCUUUAUAGAUGAAUCAAAUUUCAUCAUGGCCUUCACAACAUUUUACCCAUUUGCUUAAAACAUGCAUUUCCCGGAGAGACCUAUUAAUCGGAAAAUCCCUUCACACCCUUUACAUCAAAGCCCUCAUCCCUGCUUCCACCUACCAUUCCAAUCACUUCAUCCUCCUCUACUCCAAAUGCCGUCGUCUCUCUUCUGCCCGCAAUGCCUUUGAUGUCAUCCCACAUCCUAAUGUAUUCUCUUUUAAUACUAUUGUCUCUGCCUAUGCCAAAGAAUCCCAACCCCUCAUUGCACACCAGCUGUUCGACCAAAUUCCGCAACCGGACCUUGUGUCUUACAACACCCUCAUUUCAGCUUAUGCCGACCGUGGUGAAGCCCGGCCUGCUCUCCACUUGUUUAUGGAUAUGCGUAAGUUGGGCUUUGACAUGGAUGGUUUUACAUUCUCGGCUGCUGUGACUGCUGCCUGUAAAGAUAUUGGUUUGAUUGGUCAGCUUCAUAAGUUGGCAAUUUCGGGUGGGUUCAAUGCUUAUACUUCGGUGAAUAAUAGUCUCAUCACAUAUUAUAGCAAAAACGGGCAUUUGAAUGAGGCAAAAUGGAUUUUUAAUGAUAUGGGUAGCAAUAAAGAUGAGGUGACAUGGAAUUCGAUGAUUGUGGCAUGUAGUCAGCAUCGAGAAGGACUAAGAGCACUUGAAUUGUAUCGGGAAAUGGUCCAUAUGGAGUUAAGGAUUGAUAUGUUUACUUUGGCCAGUGUCUUAACAGCAUUUACCUGCCUGGAAUAUUUGCAUGGUGGGCUUUUGUUUCAUGGUCAGUUAAUCAAGAAAGGUUUCCACCAGAAUGCGCACGUGGGAAGUGGCUUGAUUGAUUUGUAUGCGAAAUGCAACGGGGAUAUGUCAGAUUGUAAGAAAGUGUUUGAAGAGAUCAUUGGACCGGAUUUGGUUCUGUGGAACACCAUGGUUUCUGGGUAUUCUCAGAAUCACGAUCUCUCAGAAGAGGCUCUCUAUUGUUUUAGGCAAAUGCAACGGGAAGGCUACCGCCCGGAUGAUUGCACCUUUGUCUGCGUGAUUAGUGCAAGCUCUAAUCUGUCCUCACCAACUCAAGGAAAGCAGAUUCAUUGUCUUGCACUUAAAUCUGAUAUCCCAUCAAAUAAAAUCUCUGUAAAUAACUCACUGAUUGCCAUGUACUCUAAAUGUGGAAAUUUGCAAGAUGCCAGGCGAUUGUUUGAUCUGAUGCCAGAGCACAAUACCGUUACGCUCAACUCAUUGAUUGCAGGUUAUGCUUAUCAUGGCUUUCAAGUGGAAGCAUUGCAUCUUUUUGAGCACAUGGUUGAAGCAAAUAUAGCCCCUACAAGUAUUACCUUCGUAUCGAUCCUCUCUGCCUGUGCACACACAGGAAAAGUUGAGGAAGGAAGAAAGUAUUUUAGUUUGAUGACCGAUAAGUAUGGUAUAGAACCAGAGGAAGAACACUUUUCAUGUAUGAUAGACCUUUUCGGCCGAGCUGGUAAACUUGAGGAAGCCGAAAGACUCAUUGAGACGAUGCCAUUCAACCCUGGCACUGUAGGAUGGGGUGCUUUGCUUGGAGCCUGUAAAACCCAUGGUAAUCUGGAGUUAGCUGUUAAGGCAGCAAAACAGUGUCUUCUUCUAGAACCUUCUAAUGCAGCUCCAUACGUCAUGCUUGCACACAUGUAUGGCAAGGCUGACAAAUGGGAAGAAGUGGCAAUGAUCAGGAAGUCUAUGAGAAACAGUGGAGUGAAGAAGAAUCCAGGUUGCAGUUGGAUUGAAAUAAACAAGAAGGUACAUGUCUUUGUUGCAGAAGAUAGUUCCCACCCUAUGUUGAAGGAAAUUACAAAGUCCUGGGAAGAAUUGUUAAAGAAGAUGAAGCAAGUUGGAUAUGUGCCAGAUGUGAAAUGGGCUGCGGUUAGAGAUCAUGGAAUUGGGAAAGAUGAAAAAGAGACAAGCUUAGGGCGUCACAGUGAGAAACUAGCUAUUGUUUUUGGAUUGCUAUCAACCAAAGAUGGGGAACCUCUAUUUGUGGUGAAGAAUCUGAGAAUAUGUGGGGAUUGCCAUAAUGCAAUCAAGAUCAUAUCUGGUUUAACUGGUAGAGAGAUUACAGUAAGAGAUGCUCGCAGAUUUCAUUGUUUUAAGGAAGGACGAUGUUCAUGUGGAGAUUAUUGGUGAAAUGUUUUUAUCCAAGUGCAUGUAUUUAGAAGUGUAGCAUGGUACUCAGAGACUGACUGAAAGCUUGUCAGUUGAUUCAACAAAUGUACAACAUUCAACCAAUUCUUUCACUAUGUUUCUUAAAUCACAUUCAUUGAGAGGGUUUUCCAAAAGAAUUUCAUUCUUAUGCCAUAGUGGAGUUCAUCGUAGCAAGUCGAUUUUUGCAGAGAAUUUAAUCCUACUACUUCAGCCAUUAUAUAGUCAUGUAUCUAUUCACAUCCCUCAAAACAACUGCGUUCUGCCAUUUUGUAGCAAAUAGGAACUGCUAUCCCAUUCUUAUUGGCUAAUAGAUAAGAUUCUUCAUCUUAAAAGUCCACCUUUUUUUCAACUAGAAGUGAAUUAGUAUCAGGUCUCUAACUUUUUGCCAUUCAAUAUCCAUUUUUCGAGUAAAAUCCAUUCCGAUUAUUCCAGUAUUUUAGGAUUUAUUUGUCUGUGCCUGCAUAAUACAAUGGUGAUGUUUUGCUAUUGCAGAUCUAAGUACCACCCACUUGGCAUUUCCAUCAAAACAGUUGGUCGUUGGCAUGACCUAUUAGGAACCUUCCCCUGUUCUUCUAAAGCCCU